GCUGCAGAGAACCAAACAUCUGGAUUAUUUACCGAGAAACAAGAACACAAACUUCCCACCGAGCAGCGGAGGAGGAGCACCGGGAACACACCGGGAGACACCGGGAGACACCGGGAGACACCGGGAGACACCGGAGCUGGUUCCUCGCCGCUCCUCUCCAUGUAUAAGAUGGAUUACUCGUACCUGAACUCGUAUGACUCGUGCAUGGCGGCCAUGGAAGCCUCGGCCUACGCGGACUUCAGCUCGUGCAGCCAGGCCAGCUCCUUCCAGUACAACCCCAUCCGCAGCGGAGCCUUCUCCAACCCGGGCUGCACCCCGCUGAGCACGGCCAGCUGCACCCUGGGGGCGCUGCGCGAGCACCAGCCCACCCCGUACUCCUCAGUCCCGUACAAGUUCUUCUCGGACCCGUCCGGCCUGAACGAGAAGCGGAAGCAGCGGCGCAUCCGGACCACGUUCACCAGCUUGCAGCUGAAGGAGCUGGAGCGCGUGUUCUCGGAGACGCACUACCCGGACAUCUACACGCGCGAGGAGCUCGCGCUUAAGAUCGACUUGACGGAGGCGCGCGUCCAGGUGUGGUUCCAGAACCGGCGCGCCAAGUUCCGGAAGCAGGAGCGCGCCGCCAACUCCAAGGCCAGCAGCUCCACCGGGCCCGCGGGCCCCGGAGGCUCCGGGGGGAAGAAGACCGGCGACGGGAGGUCCUCCUCCGACGACGACGAGUCCAAGGAGUCCACCUGCAGCCCCACGCCGGACAGCACCGCCUCGCUGCCCGGCUCGGCCGGCGGGAACAUGGGCAGCCCGGCCAGCCUGAGCCCGAGCCCGGCCCCGGCCAACAACAACAACAACAACAACAACAACAACCACGGGGGCUACCUCAAUACCUCCGGGUCCCCGGUGCUGCAGGGCCUGAAGCCGCCCAGCUGGUCCAGCCUGGGCCCGUCCAACCUGGCCGUGGCGCAGCCGGCGGUCCAGACCCAGGAGAUCCUGAAGGCCUGGCAGCCGGCGGACAGUCUGACCGGCCCGUUCGCCGGGGUUCUGUCCUCCUUCCACAGAAAGCCCAACCCGGCCAUCAAGACAAACCUGUUCUGAAGAGGAGCGGAACCGAGGAG